AGCAGUCUUGACCCGGAAGUGACUCCGACAAGUUCUUCCUGCAACAAGACCGGCAUUAUGGCAGCGGACACGCAGGUUUCAGACAUCCUGAAGAAAUUCGCUGUAAAAGUGACCACAGCCAGCAUUAAGGAGCGCAAGGAGAUCUACGGCGAUCUGAAAGAGUGUCUGAAGGGCAAAGAGUUACCAGAGCCUGCUGUCAGAGGACUGUGCAAGCUCUUCUGCCUCACUCCACACAGAUAUCGGGAUGCUGCGUCACGCAGAGAGCUGCUCUCUGUCAUUGGCCAGCUGGCUGAGAGACAGCCCGAUGUCCUGGUGUCCGGCCUCCUCCAGGGCCUUUUGACCUGUGGCGUCAUCAGUAGAAACGGGGAGCCAAGCAAAAGCACCGGCUCUGCCGCCUUCAUAGGCUUGUCCUGGACCUGCCUUUUAAUUCCCAAAGUGUUUUCUGCACCAGAGAAAAGAGAAGGACCCACCUGGAAAAAAAUGGUGGAGGUUCAGAGCCUUCUCGUGGCGGAGGUGGUGGGUGGAGCCAAAACCACAGCGAAGAAAUCAAGCCUUAAGAAUCUCUGUCACCUCUGGGAAGAACAGAAGCCUGGACUGGUUGAUCACUACAUCAGCACCCUGUUGACUCUGGACCAGAGCCCUACAACCCUGCCCAUGCUGGGGGUGUGCUUGGACUUCUGCUCCGCCCAGAAGGACAAGGCUACAAUAGAGAAACACAAGAGCGCCCUGUUGGACCUUUACAUAAAGUCAGUCCUGAUGAGCAAAACCAAGCCGCAGCAGCACAUUUUGGACAAGAGCGGCUCCUUACUGCGUCACGUCACCCACUCGGAGUUCAAGGAGCUGCUGCUGCCCGCCCUGCAGAAGACCAUGCUCCGCAGUCCAGAGAACGCCAUGCAGACCGUCUCCUGCCUGCUGUCCGCUGUAACUCUGGAUCUCAGCCAGUAUGCCAUGGAUAUCGGAAAGGCCAUAGCAAGCCAGCUGAAGGCCAAUAACGCCCAGCUGAUGGAGGAAGCUGUCAAGGCCAUGGAGAACCUGGCCCAGCAGUGCAGCGACGCCACUGCAGUGCAGGACAUCGUCACCCACCUUUUCAAGAUUCUCGGAGGGUCUGAAGGGAAGCUCACAGUUGUCGCCCAAAAAAUGAACGUGUUGUCAGGCAUUGGCAGCUGCAGCCGUCAUGCGGCGUCGGGAACGUCCAGUCAGACUCUCAGCUCUGCAGUCACCGUGAUGUUCAUCCCAUACUUACAACAGGAAGUUCACGAGGGCACCCUGGUGCACGCCGUGUCUGUGCUGUCUCAGUGGAGCAGCCGCCUCACGGUGGAGGUUCCUGCCGCUCUGCUGGACUGGUUCAAGAAGGCCUUCACUCUGAAGACCUCCACCUCUGCAGUGCGCCACGCCUACCUUCAGACCAUGCUGGGGGCCUUUAAAGGCGACACCUUGGCCCAGUCCUCGGACCUCGUUCCCCUGCUCCUCCAAACUGUUGAGAAAGCUGCGGCGCAAAUCUCCCAGCAUGCUCUGCUGGCCGAGGGUGUUGCCGCUUCAGUCCUUUUGAGCCGACUUGCGCUGCUUGAGACGCAAACGGAGGCUAAAUUCAGCAGCUUUUGGAACCUGAUCUUAGACGAGAAGAAGCCAUUAUUUACCACAGAGAAGUUCCUCUCCCAAGGCAGUGAAGAGACGCUGCUCGCUGUGCUGCAGCUCUGUGAGAGGCUGUUUCUGGACCACGCUCACCGACUCAACGCCAGCAAGUCACAGAUGUACCAUUACGCCACAGUGGCAGUGCUGUUGUCUCAGAGCUGGCGUGUGAGGAAGAGGGCGCAGCAGUCCGUCAGGAAGCUGCUCUCCUCUCUGGGUGGAUCCAAUCUGGCUCGCGGCCUUCUCGGAGAACUACGGGUCGUCAUCAACAAACACAAAGUUCUGCCUCAGGACGUCCUGGUGUCGGAGUCAGGGGAGCUGACAGAGCUCGGUCGCAGCUACGUUCCUCCUCGUGUCCUGCUGGAUGCCUUGUGUGUCGUUUGCUCAGCUGCCAGCCAGUGGGGCGACCCGGCCGAAGCCGAGAACGUGGCCAUGGAGACCCUCAUCGUUGCUCAUCAUCCCUCUAUAGUCAACGCUCGCCCUGGCUUGUGGCCUGUUCUGCUCGCCUCCAUGAAUAUACGAGCUGAGGAACUUAUUGAAAAGAACCUUGAAGCUAUCCUGCCGCAGCUGCUGGAGGUCAACGCUGACAGCCAGGCGGUGAAAAAUGCCGUAGGCGCCCUCAGCGUCCUCUCCCCAAACAAGCUGUUGCCGCGGGUGAUGGUUCACGUCAUCGAAGGCCUGUCCCAGCCCACUCUGCUGCAAGUCACCAGGGAGGAGUACGCCAUCAUGCAGACCCCUGAUGGAGAACUGUACGAUAACAGCAUCAUCCAGAGCGCCCAGAAGGAAAACACCAAGAAAGUCAACAUGAAGAGAGAAAACAAGGCCUACUCCUACAAGGAGCAGAUCAUUGAACUGGAGUUACAGGAGGAGAUGAAGAGGAAAAAAGGCAUCAAAGAUGAAGUGCAGUUAACCAGCAAACAAAAGGAAAUGAUUCAGAACCAGCUGGAGAAGGAGUCAGCUGUUCGCAAGAGACUCCAGGGGAUGGAUGCUGAGCUGCAGAGUGUGGUGGGUCUGCUGGAGGCUACCCUGAAAGCGGGACCCGCUCAGAUCACCAGGGAACUCCCCGGCGUCCUUCAGGUUCUGAUCCCCCUGCUCCAAUCCCCUCUGGCUGCUCCGUGCAUCCAGCAGAUCUUCUUGGACAUCGGCGUGUGCCUCAUGCCCAAACACCUUCACCAUCUGGCUGUACUCGUGGGUCAUGUGACGCUACGCUUGCUGAAGCCUGAGUGCGACCUGGACCAGGCUUGGGACGAGGAGGACCUGGACACAGCAGCCAACCGCACUGUGUUGCUGUUGUACGACCACACUGUCCCACAGAGAGAAGGCAAGACUGCAGAUGUAGCUCCACUGGCUGCUCCUGCCUUCUCCUUCUGCUUCCCUCUCCUCAACGCGAUGCUCAGGGAGUCUUCAGGCAGCACCGAGGAGGCGGAGAGCUUGAUGAGCAGAGCCCUGCAAGUCAUCAACGUGCACUCGCAGCUACGGGCCAGCACGGCCAGCGAUGACAUGGCCAUAGACGAGAACGGCCCUGAACUCCUUCCACGCAUGAACAUGCUGCUGCUGCUGACCAGAGUCAUCUCUACAGCUACCCCAAGACUCCAGGUGUUGGCAUCCCAGUGCCUCACAGUGCUGUGUGCCAGCGCAGGAGGAGGAGACGGCUGCACUGUAGCCGAGCAGCAGGAGAUAGACGUCCUGCUCAACGCCCUGCUCUCUUCCUGCUUCUCCGUCCGAGACGCCGCGCUCAGGGGAUUGGUGGAGAUGGAGUUUGCGUUGCCCACAGACAGCACAGAGAGCAGCGGGAUGAGUUUGCUGCGCAGGCUUUGGGUUGCCAGGUUUGACGUAGAAGAGGAAGGCCGACUCUUGGCUGAAAAGCUGUGGGAGUCCCUGGGCUUGGAGCUGGUCCCUGAGCUCUGCUCCAUGCUGAUUGGAGACAUCACUCACCACGAGGAGGCCAUCCGCACCGCGGCAGCAGAGGCUCUGUCCAGUGCCGUGUCCCAGUACCGAGAGCAGGCCGCCACGGUGCUCGGCCAGCUCACCGAGCUCUACCAUCAGAAACUUUAUAGGCCGCCUCCUGUCCUGGAUGCUCUAGGAAGAGUGAUCUCAGAAUCUCCCCCUGACCAGUGGGAGGCAAGGUGUGGCAUUGCUCUGGCUCUGAACCAGAUGUCCCAGUACCUGGAUGAAGCUCAGGUCACCCCGCUCUUCCUCUUCUUUGUCCCCGACGCCCUGAAUGACCGCCACACCGAGGUGCGGCGCUGCAUGCUGGACGCUGCCCUCUCAGCGCUGAACAGCCAUGGAAAGGAUAAUGUGAGCUCUCUGCUGCCGGUGUUCGAGGAGUUCCUGAAAAACGCCCCGCAGGAUGCCAGCUACGACUCCGUGCGCCAGAGCGUAGUUAUUCUGAUGGGAUCUUUGGCCAAACAUCUGGAUAAAAACGACCCGAAGGUCAAACCCAUCGUGGCCAAGCUUAUAACGGCUCUCUCAACGCCGUCACAGCAGGUCCAGGAGUCCGUGGCCGGCUGCUUGCCUCCUCUAGUCCCUGCUAUCAAGGAAGACGCAGCAGGAAUUGUACAGAAUCUGCUGCAGCUGCUGCUGGAGAGUGACAAAUAUGCCGAAAGGAAAGGCGCAGCGUACGGACUGGCCGGACUGGUCAAAGGUCUGGGGAUCCUGGCUCUAAAGCAGCAGGACAUCAUGACCACGCUGACCGACGCCAUCCAGGACAAGAAGAACUUCAGACGGAGGGAAGGAGCCCUGUUUGCCUUUGAGAUGCUGUGUAACAUGCUGGGGAAGCUGUUUGAGCCCUACGUGGUCCACGUGCUGCCGCACCUCUUGCUCUGCUUCGGAGAUGGGAACCAGUACGUUAGGGAGGCUGCAGAUGAUUGUGCCAAGGCUGUGAUGAGGAACCUGAGCGCCCACGGUGUGAAGCUGGUCCUCCCCUCUCUACUGGUGGCCCUGGAGGAGGAGUCGUGGAGGACAAAAGCAGGCUCGGUGGAGUUGCUGGGUGCCAUGGCGUACUGUGCACCCAAACAGCUGUCGUCCUGCCUGCCCAGCAUCGUGCCCAAGCUGACGGAGGUGCUGACCGACUCCCACGUCAAGGUGCAGAAGGCUGGCCAGCAGGCGCUCCGGCAGAUCGGCUCCGUCAUCCGCAACCCGGAAAUCUUGGCCAUCACUCCGAUCCUGCUAGACGCCCUCACCGACCCAUCCAGGAAGACCCAGACGUGCCUGCAGACAUUGCUGGACACCAAGUUUGUCCACUUUAUCGACGCGCCCUCCUUGGCCCUCAUCAUGCCCAUCGUCCAGAGAGCCUUCCAGGACCGCUCCACUGACACCCGCAAGAUGGCUGCGCAGAUCAUCGGCAACAUGUACUCUCUCACUGACCAGAAGGACCUGUCGCCCUACCUGCCGAGCGUUAUUCCUGGGCUGAAGGCGUCUCUGCUGGACCCAGUGCCUGAUGUGCGCACGGUCUCGGCCAAGGCUCUGGGUGCCAUGGUGAAGGGGAUGGGAGAAUCCUGCUUCGACGACCUGCUGCCUUGGCUCAUGGAGACCCUGGCAUCUGAGCAGAGCUCCGUAGACCGCUCUGGAGCCGCUCAAGGUCUGGCUGAGGUGAUGGCCGGGCUGGGGGUGGAGAAACUGGACAAGCUGAUGCCCGACGUGGUGCAGACUGCCAGCAAGGUGGACAUCGCGUCUCACGUCAGAGACGGCUACAUCAUGAUGUUCAUCUACCUGCCUCUCACCUUCGGAGACAAGUUCACCCCUUACGUGGGACCCAUCAUCCCCUGCAUUCUCAAGGCUCUGGCGGACGAGAACGAGUACGUGAGGGACACGGCGCUGCGAGCCGGCCAGCGGAUCAUCAGCAUGUACGCCGAGACGGCCAUCGCCCUGCUGCUCCCCGAGCUGGAGCAAGGCCUGUUCGACGACCUGUGGAGGAUCAGGUUCAGCUCGGUCCAGCUGCUGGGAGACCUGCUGUUCCACAUUUCCGGCGUAACGGGGAAGAUGACCACAGAGACGGCCUCCGAGGAUGACAACUUUGGCACCGCUGCGUCCACUAAGGCCAUCAUCUCUGCCCUGGGAGCCGAGCGAAGGAACCGCGUGCUCUCAGGCCUCUACAUGGGCCGCUCCGACACCCAGCUGGUGGUCCGACAGGCUUCUCUCCACGUGUGGAAGAUUGUCGUAUCCAACACCCCCAGAACCUUACGAGAGAUCCUCCCGACGCUGUUCUCCCUGCUGCUGGGCUUCCUGGCGUCCACCUGCCCCGACAAGAGAACGAUCGCCGCCCGGACGCUGGGCGAUCUGGUGAGGAAGCUGGGAGAGAAGAUUCUCCCGGAGAUCAUCCCCAUCCUGGAGGACGGGCUGCGCUCGGACAAGAGCGACGAGAGGCAAGGCGUCUGCAUCGGGCUCAGUGAGAUCAUGAAGUCCACCAGCAAAGAUGCGGUGCUAGUCUUCUCUGAGUCGCUGGUCCCGACUGUGAGGAAAGCUCUCUGCGACCCCCUGGAGGAGGUCAGAGAGGCGGCGGCCAAAACCUUUGAGCAGCUCCACGCGACCAUCGGUCACCAGGCGCUGGACGACAUCCUGCCUACGCUGCUUAAACAGCUGGAUGAUGAGGACACGGCUGAGUUUGCUUUGGACGGCCUGAAGCAAGUCAUGGCGGUGAAGAGCCGCUCUGUGCUGCCCUACCUGGUACCAAAGCUGACGGCUCCUCCCGUGAACACCCGCGUGUUGGCCUUCCUCUCUGCCGUGGCAGGGGAUGCUCUGACACGCCACCUCGGCGUCAUCCUGCCCGCCCUCCUCUCCUCACUUAAAGGGAAGCUUGGUACGGAGGAGGAAGCCCAGGAACUGUGCAGCUGUCAGACGGUGAUCCUCUCUGUGGAGGAUGAAGCUGGUCAGAGGAUCAUCAUUGAAGACCUGCUGGAGGCGACUCGCGGCGCCGACCCCGGCCUCAGGCAGGCCGCCAUCACCGUCCUCAACGCUUACUUUGCUCGCACUCGGCUGGAUUACAGCGCUCACAUACGCACUCUGCUGUCAGGCCUCAUCCGCCUUCUCAACGACUCCAAUCCAGACGUCCUGUCACAGAGCUGGGACACCAUCAACUCCAUCACCAAGAAACUGGAUGCUAGCAGCCAGCUGGCUCUAAUCGAUGACCUGCAUCGUGACAUUAAAGCCAUUGCUGCUGAUGUCAAAGGUCAGCACCUGCCUGGUUUCUGUCUACCCAAGAAGGGUGUGACGUGUAUCCUGUCAGUCCUGAGGGAAGGCGUCCUCACAGGCAGCCCUGAGCAGAAAGAAGAGGCAGCUAAGGCCUUGGGGGGAGUUAUCAAGCUGACCUCGCCCGAAGCCCUGCGGCCGUCGGUAGUAAACAUCACAGGACCCCUCAUCCGCAUCCUGGGAGAUCGCUUCGCCUGGACGGUGAAGACGGCUCUGCUGGAGACUCUCACCCUGCUGCUAGCGAAGGUGGGCAUCGCCCUGAAGCCCUUCCUGCCGCAGCUGCAGACCACCUUCCUGAAGGCCCUGCAGGACUCCAGCCGCGCGGUGAGGCUGAGGGCCGCCGAGGCUCUGGGUCAGCUGGUGGCCAUCCACGCCAAGGUUGACCCGCUCUUCACCGAGCAGCUCUCGGCUAUCCGCAACGCCGAGGACUCUGGAGUCAGGGAAACUAUGCUCCAAGCUUUGAGGUUUGUCAUCCAGGGGGCCGGAUCAAAGGUGGACCCAGCCAUUCGCAAGAGCAUCACCACCACAUUACUGGGCAUGCUGGGACACGACGAGGAUGCAACACGAAUGGCCUCAGCAGGCUGUAUUGGUGAGCUGUGCGCUUUCCUGUCAGAGGAGGAGCUGAAGAAUUUGUUACUACAACAUGUCUUAGCGGACGUGUCUGGUGUGGACUGGAUGGUGCGUCAUGGUCGUAGCUUGGCGCUGGCUAUAGCUGUGAAGACUGCUCCUGAGAAGCUGUGCGCGAAGGAUUACUGCGAGACCGUGACUGAAACGGUUUUGACCAACGCCACUGCUGACAGGAUUCCCAUUGCUACCAGUGGGAUCAGAGCUUUGGGAUAUCUGAUGAGGCACCAGCUGAGGACAGAGGGAGGCAGCAGCAUUUCACAGCGCACCAUUACCCAGUUUGUUAAGUGUCUUCAGAACCAAUCCAGUGACAUCAGACUGGUGUCAGAGCGAGUGCUGUGGUGGGUAUUUAAAGACCCCGACACUCCCUCCAUGGACGCCAGCCAAAUCAAGCCCCUGCUGAAGAGUCUGCUGGACAACACAAAGGACAAGAACACCACGGUGCGAGCCCAGAGCGAACACACCAUCGUCAACCUGCUGCGACUCCGCCAAGGAGAGGAAACCAUGCAGAGCGUCACUGCCAUCCUGGACUCUGCGAGCAACGAGCUGCUGUCAGAGUGUCACCGCCGCUCACUGAAGAAAAUCGCCAGCCUGCCAGACUCCAACGAGGAGAUCGACGACACCAUCCUAACAUGAUGGAGCAGGACUUUCUAAUGAAAUCAAAGCUGAAAACGUCAGCCACACCUUAACUGACACGGUGAACAAACCCUGAGCGAACGGGACACCCAGACACGCUCUGACUGAGCUAGCAUGGGAGAAGGUGGAGACAGGUUGAGAUUCUCGACAUUAUAGAAGUCCCUGCAAAUAUUUUUGUUUCCUCUCACGUUACACCUUUGUUUUAGCGGCCUUUCAGCCCAAUUUCUUAAUAAUUUUUUUUUUCUUUUAUCUGGUGCCGAAUACAUUGUUAUUCACCAAACAUAUUAGGAAGACGCAACGCCAAAUCUGUUCUGAUAUUCCUGUGUUUUGCUACUUUUACCAAAUUGAUUUGAAGAAUUGAAGAGGCCUCUGUAGAGAAAACCACCUGUCUUUAAUUUUAUUUGGACUUGCCGUGUGAGAGAUGUUUGGGGAAAGCGGUCUCUUGUAAGACAAAUCAUUCUUAUCAGUGAUACUGUUGUAAAAAGCCAAAACAGAAUAAAAACUGAUUUCAUAAUGUG